AUGCUUAAUAGUUCACUCUCUCCUCCUUUUCAAAAUACAUCCCCUUAAAAAGCUUUAGCUGUUCAAAUACCUUCUGCAAAUAUUUCAGCCAAAUAAAAAAUCCAUGUUUCAAAUUUGCCUCUUAAUGUUGCUGCUCAUCAAUUACAAUAAGCAUUUUAAAGUUUUGGAAAUAUCAUCGAUAUUAGAAUAAUUAGAAAAACUCCUACUGGUAAUGCAUUAAAGUAAUUGUAGGACUUCCAUUACAUUUAUCAUGUUAUGCAUUUAUUACUUUUGCUGAAAAUGAAUCAGCUGAAAAAGCAAUUUAAAAUGGGAGUUUAGGAGAUUGGACUGUAAAACCUUAAAUUGAUAAAUAAAUGAUCAUUAAAUAAAGAUCUAGAUCAAGAUCAAGAUCAAGAUCAUAAGAGAAACAUAGAUAAGUGUUAACAAGCGGUCAUAUUACUCCCUUAGAACCAUGCCCAAAAAUUCAAAUCCAACUUUAUGUUAGGGAAUUAUUUGUUAAUGGAAUUUCAAAGAACUAUGAUGAACCACAAAUAAGAUAGGUAUUACAAUGUGAAAAUUAUAGAUAUUCUCAUAAUUUGGUUAUAUAGAAAGGAUUGAUCUGUAUCCUAAUAAGCAUAAUAUAUUUAACAGUUAUAUAAAAUUUUUUACUGUAUAAACUUUUUUUUAUUUGAAUUUAGAUAGAUUAAGCAAUUUAUGCUUUUUAAAAUAUGGAUAAUAUUUAGUAAUAAUUUUCUACACCAAUUAAAAUAUAUUUUUCUGACCCUAUCAAAAGACACAAUAUUGUUGGAAAUAAGUAAAUACAAUUUUAUAGCAUUUUUUUAGUUUAUAAAAUGAAUAAUAAUCUAAACUUUCAUCCGUAUUAUUUAUAUUUUUUCCUCCUAAUUUAAAUAAAAAAGUCGAUCAUGCAUUUUUAUUUGAAGUAAUUUUUCAAAAUCAUAUUAUGUCAGAUUUGUUAAAAUAAUAAAUGUCGUCCUCUCCUUUGGAAUUACUAUCAAUAAGAUUCUAAUUAUAAAUCCUAUACUCUUCUUUAAUUUAAAGAUACACAAUAGGCAAUAUAAAUGAGAACAUACUUAUAAUAAAAUGCAGCAGAACUUCUUGGAGAUCCAAAAUGUGAAGUGGGUAUAGUAUCAAUUCCUACACAACAAUAAUUUUAAAAUUAAUUUUAACCUUAACCACCUAUAAUGAUAUAAUAAUAAUAACAAUUUGUAAAUAACAUACUGAAAUCCCAAUAAAUCCCUCCAUAAUAAAUUCAGUUACCAUAUUAAAUACCACCAUAUCAAUUAUAUUAAUAGCCAAUUAUGCAUUAAUAAAUUCAUCAUCAAAAUAACAAUUAUAUUUAAAAUAAUUAAAAAAAACCCUAAUAAUAAUUAUUUCCAGAUCCAAAAUAAUUAUAUCAGAAUUAAAAUCAGAUUUCAAAUGAAACUAAAAUUUAAUCAAACAUUCAUUUAUAAUAAUAAUCUACUUAAAUUUAAUAAAAUGGUAAUUAAGAAAUAUUAGAUGGAUUUCUAAAUUUCUCAUAAAUAUAAUAGAGAUAAGAUUUAAAUGAUUUUUGGAGUGGUUUCAUGUAUAGAAGUAAAAGUCAUAGAGUAGGAGUAGAUGCUUUUUGUGUAGAAUCAGAUGUAUCAUUUAUUUUAUCUUAUAUAUAUAGCCUCCUAUAUAAAUGAGUCCAUAAAUAUAAGUAAAUUAUAAGGGGAAUUAUUCUGAUGCCAAGAAAUGCGCUAAUGAAUCAUUUAAAUUCAUUUUAUGUCCUUCUGAUUAAACAUAGGUAGUUUGAAUAUAUUAUAUAAAUAGAAUAGUGCUUUUUAAGAAUAUAUUGAUUAUUUUCUUGAAAAAAAUAAAAUUGGAGUGGCUUAAUUAGGGAAUGGUAUAUUAUAUUUGUUACCACCUUGUGAAAUAACAAAUUCAAUUAAGACUAUAUCAGGAUUAGAAUUGUUAGCAAUAUUUUCUGAAGAAAAAAAGAAAUCAUUAAAUUAUAGCAUAGAUUGA